GGUGUGCCAGGUUUUGUUUUUCAUUGAGAGCAUACAAGAAGUAAUGGGGAAAAGUAAAUUGUUCAUAAAGUGUUGCAACUUUAAGUCUUGUUGUUGUUUUUCCCCGGGCUGGAUUAUGUCUUUCCUCUAACCAUUCCUUUCUUAACCACCUUGUAUCUAUUGGUUUGUGGAUCAGCUAUUAAGAACAUUUGCCAUCUGCAAGGUAAUUUGAGUGAGUUUAUUUAGCAGUUUUUAGCCAGGAAGUUAAUUAGGUAGAGGGCCCUUUGAGAUCUCAAGCUGAUGCUCAAUUCCCAGGUGUCACUGCCUUUCGCUAGCUUUGUCUGCUAUAAAUAAAUGAGACUGCUUCUAUUCCUUCUUGCCUUUAAAGCUGUGGCUGGUUUCCUGCAUUGAACUUCACCUGAAAGUCACAGCGAAGCUUACACUGGCUGGAAAAAUUGGGAUACCUCAUCGUCUUUAGAUCUGGGUGUUUUGCUGCAAUGGGAAAUGGUAACUCCAAAAGAACGUUUCCUUUUUCUCCAAGAAACAGUGUGAAGGACAACCGUGCAAGUCCAGGACAAGAAGGCUUUAAGCAAAAGCCCAAAACGUUUGAACUGUCACUGGGUGAAGAAACCAGUGGCAAUACCAAUACUGAAGAAAUUCACAGCAGUGAUGAAGAUGCUGGAGAUGUUUUUUACAGGUUUGUGGUUCUUCAUGCUGAGGAAGAUGUCGAGGAAGCUGCUAGAGUCCAGGACUUGCUACAGAAUGAAUUCUGCAUUAAACCAGGAAUCAUAUUUGCCGAAAUGCCUGGUGGGAGGCAUCUCUUUGAAAAUUUAAACGAUGCAAUGAAUGGGUCUGCUUGGAUAAUCAUCUUGCUGACUGAAAACUUCUUAAGUGAGCUUUGGUGCGAGUUCCAGUUCUGCACUUGUCUGUUCAGUGCGUUGACCAUACCGCACAAAGGAUACACCGUCAUCCCAAUGAGGCCGCGGAAUAACCCGCUCCCAAGGGAGAGGACUCCUUUCAUCCUCCAGACCAUUAACACGCUACAGGAAGAUAGCCCUGGAUUUGCCCAGCAAGUGAAGAACAUUUUCCAGGACUCAAGAUACAGGCAACAGCAAGCCAUAUGGCAGUAUGAAAAGAAGAAGGAAGAGGUGCAAAAGCUGCUCGAGUGGCAAACCUAUUAAGGCAAUUUCUGCAAAAAACCCUUACGCCCCAAAGAACUGCUUUUUUCAAAUGAUCCCCACUGAGCUUUAAUCAUCCUAACACUUAACUGUGUCUCGUGGCAGAAAAAUGCUCCCUAGCUAUAAGAGCUGACUUCAUGGAAGCUUUGCAGAGAGGGUUCAUAGAUCAGGGGUUACAGAAACUGAUCUAGCCCUUGGCAUCUCCAGUUAAAUGAUCUUUCAUAGAGCCAGAAGUAGCUCUGCCUGGGAGGGACACAACCAGUGAGAGCUGACACUACUGGGCUAGAUGGUCCAAUGGUCUAAACUCCAUGGUUCUCAAAGUGGGCAGUACCAUCCCCAGGGAGGGGGAGCGGUUACCUGGAGUGUGUGCUAUGAGAUAGGGUGGCUCUGGAGGUGUAAAUGACUAUCGGACUUUGAGAAGCUGUUAUCACUGUUGCACUAAUUGAACUAAAUAGUUUUCAUUGGAUUUUGAAUAAAUGUGCAGUUAUUCAUUA